ACAUGCCCACUGGAGAUGAAGUCACAUAGAAAACUAACAGAAAUUAAAGAGAACAAAGACCACCUACUCUACGAGAGGAAGAUAAAUAUAAUAUUAAUAAGGGGGUAAUAAGUAAAAAAACUGCAAAUUUGGGUAGUAGUGGGUACUGUCCCCUCUUCUCCUCCGUCGCCGCCUCCCCAUACUCCGGCGAUAUCUCCCUCCGGCCACGGCCUCGUUUCUAGAGAGAUGGAGGCGAUGAUGAAGAAGUUCCGGCAGAAGUAUAGAAGGGCCAGAGACGAGAUGGACCGGUGGGAUGAGCUUCAAUCCCGUCUCGUCUCCCAGUUCGUCAAUGCAUGCUCCAUCAUCGACCGAUUAGAGGUUCUUAGGGAUACAAAAAAUUAUGGAAUUCUAGGAUCUGUUAAUGGGAUCAAAGAAACACUCCUGGGGAAACAGAUGGAAGCAUUGGAAAUGAUAUUUUGUUCUAUGAAAGAAACAAUGAAAGAGUUUUAUGGGACUGUCAUGUCUUUUGAAAAGAUUGCAUCGGAUGGGAACCAACUCUUGAGAGGGGGAUCAAUACCUACAGCUCAGAAACAACUAAAAAUAGGCAUCUGGCCAAGCCUUGAAGAAUGUGUGGAUGGUCUCCGGACAAUUCAUGAGAUGCACCGAUCUGAGUAUCUUCUCAAAUCAUCAAUUGUUUCCUCAUUGACAUGGAUGUGUAGUGCCAGUGAUAUCGGUGCACUUCGCCAACUAUUGAUGGACCAGCCCAACAUUUCCACAGAUGAAGUGCAAUCAAUUUUUGAGAUAAUAUUUGCUGAAGAAAUCUCUUGAAAAUCCAAUUCCUUCCUGUGCUUGUAACUGAAUGAAGAAGAGUAAAGACCAAUUUAAUCAACAACAUGAUACACAUGAUCUUGCAAUGUUGUCCGAUUAUUCCAAUGGACAAUAUUCCAUGUAUUUUCAUGGGAGCACAAAGGAAGAUCAGGUAACUGCUGCAAAGCAAUCUUACAGAAGAGCUUGUGGUCAAAUAUCUUCCAAACAUAUGUGCAUGCUUACAUACAUAUAUAUAUAUAUAUGACAUUGAAUAUGGAUGAAAUUUAGGCUGCAAAAAGAAUUUAGCAAUGGAAUUAAUAAAGUCGAAAUUGUUCA